UGUUGUAAACAGAGCUCAGACUAGUUUCCGCCUCUGAGCAACACAGUUGCCGUGACCGAGAGCUGAAAAUGGCACACAUUGCAGCUCAGCUGGAUCAGGAACUCUUCUGCUGUUCUAUCUGCAAGGAUCUGCUGAAGGAUCCAGUGACUAUUUCCUGUGGACACAGCUACUGUUUGAGUUGUCUUAAAAUUCACUGGGACGCAGAGGACACGAAGAAAGUCUACAGCUGCCCCGACUGUGAACAAACCUUCACACCGAGGCCUGUCCUGGAAAAACACGCCGUACUAGCUGGUUUAGUGGAGGAGCUGAAGAAGAUCAGUCUCCAAGCUGCUCCUGCUGAUCACUGCUAUGCUGGACCUGGAGACGUGGCGUGUGAUUUCUGCACUGGGACGAGACUGAAAGCUGUCAAGUUCUGUUUGGUGUGCGUGUUUUCGUACUGUGAGAAACACCUCCAGCCACAUAAGGAGUUAUCUGCGUUAAAGAAACACACGCUGGUGGACCCCUUCCAGGAUCGCCAGGACAACAUCUGCUCUCAUCAUGGUGAGGUGAUGGAGAUGUUCUGCCGCACCGAUCAGCAGCGCAUCUGUUACCUCUGCUCCGUGCAUCAGCACAAAGGCCACAACACAGUGGGGGAGAAUAAGAAGGAAAGGACUGUGAAUCAGCGAAAGAUCAACUCGAGCCGACGAAAGCUCCGGCAGAAACUCCAUGCCAAACAGGAGGACGUGAAGGCACUUGCAAGGAAGGUGGAGGUCUUCACUUCCUCUGCUGAUAAGGAAGUGGAGGAGACCGAGAGGGUCUUCAAUGAGCGGAUCAAUUUCUUGCAAAAAAGAAGAUCGGAGGUGCAUCAACUGAUCAGAUCCUGGCAGGCAGCGGAAGUGAAGCGAGUAAAUGAGCGUCAGGAGAAGGUGGAGCAGGAGCUCGCCGAGCUCAAGAGGAAAGAGGCUGACCUUCUCGCACAGAGAGAAGCUCUCAAUGAGUAUCCUGAGUAGAGAGAGUCUGACUGAGCACAGUUACUGUACAUUUGGAAUUAAUGACAAAUCUUGGGCGCUAGAUUUUUACAAAAAGUUAUAACUUUGGUCAUAAUAAAACUAGCACCGGAUUCCCAGCUCCUGUACCCUCCUCCAGAGAGGGAGUGUACCUGGAUCAAAUAGCAAGAUAUUCUGUCAUUCCAUAGUGUCUCUGACACAUGACUCUCCUCCAGAAAAAAUAUCACACACAAAUGCUCCCUCAGUCAGGUCUGGUUUGCAGAUGACUAUUGUUUCAUUUCAAUAUACUACAGCUUUAUGUUAUAAUGCUUUUUUUACAUUUAUGAUUAGGUGGCACUAGUUCAUUCACAAUCAGCUGUUUAUUGCAGAUUUGUACAUAUACACUGUGAAUACAAACCAUUAUAGCAGGUUUUAUAUAAUGAUCACUUUUCCAUGUGGCCUGAAAUGAGCUUCUCCUAUUUCAAAGACCAGCAACCACCACUAACUUACACACAUACAUCUAUGGGCAAUAAAUAAUCGUUCAGUUAUCUGACUAAUUAUUUAUAUCACCCGUCAAUCACGUGUUUGUGUGUCACGCAUCUGUCUUUAUCAUAGAUAGUUUGUCCUGACUUUGCAAAGACAGAAAUGUAUAAAUCACGUUUCACAUUUGUUUGUUCGACAGUCCUCAUGUCACUGUUGUCGUUUCCCCAAAUCAGUUGAGAUUGAGGUGAAAUGUGGUGGUGUGUUGUUGUUUUUUUUAACUGCAAAUAAUAAAAUACAUAUCAAAUUUU